UUUAUGUGGCGAUCUGCUGGCAUGGCAGACACCAUCUGCUCGAUAUGAAUUUCAGGCGAUUUCCUACCAUCAACACCGUCCUGCAGAGAUUUAUUUGAUCUCAUACCACAUCCUCGAAAAAAUGCUUCUCUCCUUUGUCCUCGCCGCUGUCGUUGCUUUCACAGCAUCAAUGUCUGCCAAUGGGGCUGAAGAUGGCUGUCCUUUUUUUUGCCAACAUUCUAGACAAUGCAAAGGGUGCGGAGAUCAGGCACAUUGUCUUCUUUUUUUGUGCGCCUCAUGGACAGGUUGUCGAGCGGCCUUCCAUCUUAUCAAGUGGCCUCUGUUCGGUUUUGAAAGAGCGGGAUUCCCUGUGACCCCAUACUUAUUUCAAGACAGCUAUGAUUAUCUACAAAUCGAUAGGCCAGAAUUUCAAAAAUCCACUUAGCCGCUUGUGUUAGACGUUUGUCGUUGGAGCGAGACCAAACAGAAGCGCUCAUGCUAGCUACCUUUACAUAUAUCAGAUACUGCGAAACGGCAAGAAAUCGUCAUAUUCGCAUGCAGUGGAACCUAGAAGGCCCUAGCACAACCACGACUUACCUUUUGACAACAUUGUAGUGCCUCGCACGUCGAGGGCUUCUCUGCUUAACAAUGAAGGCCACCUACAGUUGAUAAUAGUAACGUAGUAUAGUACUAUCAUCACCAUGUGCAGCUGGUCAUAGUAGAUCAAUGCGCGACGCACAAUAAUGUGGUUCUAGGGCGUUAGUUAAAAAGUCGUUAACGCCGUGGUUAGUUUUUA